AUGCAAGGCAUGCAAGGGCAACAACCAAUCGCUCCUGCUCCUACUCCUCAAGCUGCAGCAGGGCCUGAUUUUCGCGCCUUCUUUCGGAUGGAUCCGCCAGAGUUCUUGGGUGGCUUAGAUCCUGUGAUUGCUCAUGAUUGGUUGUAUGGCAUGGAAAUGAUAUUCCAGGAUAUUCAGUGCACCGAGGAAGAGAAGGUGAUCUUUGCUGCUCAGAAAAUGAAGGGACCAGCAGGAAGAUGGUGGAAUACGGAGUCUACGUAUUUCACUAACCGAGGGAUUCCUAAGGAUUGGAAACAUUUCAAGACAGCUUUCUUGGAGAAGUACUACCCCAACAGUGUGCGUGCUUUGAAGGAGCGUGAGUUUCAGUCCUUCAAACAAGGCAACAUGUCGGUGUCUGAAUAUGCUGAGAAGUUUGAGGACAUGGCUGCCUAUUCCUGA